AUGUCGACAGUACCACCGCCGGACCUAAUUAAGGGCAGCCUUGCCUCAGGCGAGGGCAUUCUCAUGCUUGGACUCCCUCGGAGUGGUAGCCUAUCGCUGACUUGGGCGUUACGCCGGCUAGGCUACAAGCACGUACAUCACGCAACCGAGCAAAUACAAGACUCAGCGCAAUGGGAGACCGCAAUCAGGGCGGCUUGGGCCUGCUUUCCAGUAUUGAGCCGCAAUGCCGGAACACCAAUGCCAGCUCCUUUCACCAGAUCUGACUGGGACAGCUUCCUGGGCCAGUGGCAAGCAGUCAGCGAUACAGCUAGUGUUUUCGCUCCACAGCUGAUCGAGUCGUACCCAAACGCCAAGGUCAUACUAGUACAACGGCCUUUCAAUGCUUGGUACAAGAGCUUUAGUGAUGUCUUUUUUGACACUCUGUUUUCCCCUAUACGUGGAUUUCUGCUUCAGCGAAUCAUUGCGCCAAUAACCGGCUUGUCGGUAUUUGUAUCACAGCCUAUUGUGGUUUAUGGCUUCUUUGGUACUCGCAGCGCGCGAGAGGCGAAGCUCAACGCUAAGGAAACAUACGACAAACAUUAUGCAACAGUGCGGAAGAUGGUAAAGCCAGAAAAUUUGCUAGAGUACAAGCUUGGGGAUGGGUGGGAGCCUUUGUGUAAGUUCUUAUCAAAGGACGUACCAGACGAGCAGUUCCCUCGGGUCAACGAGAGUUCAAAUAUUAAGGAUUUCAUCAACAAGCAAAUUGCCUCGCUUUUGCUACUGUCUUUGAGUAUUGUGAUCAAAAAGUUAUCAUAUGCUCUAUUUUUUGGGCUAGGUUAUUAUGUGCGUGGCAAGGAAUUUUAUUGA